AUGAUUGAUGAAGAUGACAGCGAUCAGGUCUUAUCAAUAAUGACAUCCAUGACCACCUUCGCGGCCAAGACCUGUAUAAAAGUGCUGCCAGUGCUGGUCAGGCCCAGUGGGAACGACCACGUGUUGAUCAUAGAGAACCCAACAGGCGCUAAGAAGUGUACCGUCUACACGGAACCUCAUUCCAUAGAUGAACCGCACUCUCUGAUAAUGGGUUACAACUGCUUGAAGAGCCCGCACUUCGAGAUGCAGCUCAUGAAGGCGCUUGGGUUCCCCUUCGAGCACAACCGCGUCAUCCGCGACAAGUAUGUCACCGUGCAGCUGGAGAACGUGGAGCCUGCUUUCGUGGAGCUGUUUACAAAGGACACCCGCUUGCCACCGGCGCUUCGCAGCCUACCCUACGAUUACAACAGCGUCAUGCAUUUUGGAGAGCGCGACUAUAGCAAGAAUGGACACCGCACCAUCUUGUUCAAGGUACCAAAGGUGAAACAAGUUCGAACCGGUUUGAGCGCGACAGACUUGAAAAAAAUCGAAAUCAUCUACGGACCUGAGUGUCGAGACAGGGAACGAUUCAAGCAGAUUGAUAAUUGUCAAAACAUUGGCCAAUUAAGGCGGAAACGUAAUGCUGUAAAGGACAAAGAUGUUCCUGUUAGAGGUACACACAGCCUGCGAGUCAACCCUAACAUAACACCACCACCUGACAAAAUAAACGACGAGGAACACGACAAACUGAAUGAUAAAGCUACCAAUGAUAAGCACGACGUAGAUGACAAAGAAAAUGAUAAAUCAGACAAGAAGGACAGUGACAAAGAACGCAAAAACAAAGAUGAUACAAAGGACGCACAAGCGAGUCCACAUUUCAGAGUAGAAGACGAUCCUGAAGGUUAUGCUGACGCUGUUGUAAAGUCCUUGGAGAUCGAAACAGAAGUAGAGGAACUAAUCGAACAGGUUCACAGAGUGUCAGCUGCAGCGUUAGAAAAAGCUAGACUGAAAUACUGCAACAAAACCAAACCAGCCUUACGAUCAGAACCUACAAUGGAAAAGCCCAAAAACAAGAACUUACUUGCUAUUAUUGAUGACACGGCUAGCUACGCAAAGGGCUUAGUUGAAAAAGCAAUUGCGAAUCUAACUGAAUUCUGCGAAUCUACGAAAUCUAUAGCUGACUAUCAAAGGUCACAAUGUCCGUUCUUCGACAAGAGUAGAUGUCCCAAAUCGUAUAAGUCGACGAAAUCCGGCCCUGUUAAGUAUUCGACUCAGCACAGGCCUUUGAUAAGGCAAUCGACAAAGCAUAAAGGGUUCGUUUCGAAGAACAUUUAUGAAAACAUGUUACGUUUGCGUAACACUAGUGAAAACACAGAGAAUGAUGGUCAGACAACGCCGCUGACACCGGAAAAAGAGACAGAGGCUACUGAGGCGCCAGUCUCCAAAAGCGACCUCCGUAUGGGGACGCGGCUUGUUUUCGAAAAGAAAUCCAUAUACGUGGCUGGCGAGAGAAGGAAACGGGACGCUAAUGUGACCGUUGACAAAGUGGAGGAUCCGAAAGCAAACGCCAGCGUCGAAAGAGCAGCAGAUUCAGACACGAAGUUGACAACACGGCAGGUUAUGGUGGAGCUAAUCACUGAAGAAUACAAGAAUGAUACUGACAACGACAUGACGGUUAAAAUUAAAAGGAGGUCUCAGCGAUUUCGGGAUGAGAGUGACCGUGACUGGAAUCAAGACAGGAUAGCCAGGGCUCGAGAUUUAGACAACGACAAGGGCAAAGGCACCAUGAUAUCUGAUGAUGAAGAACCUUCGUUUCGGAAGAAGAAGAAACGCCCUAAUUCCAGUGAAGAGGAGAGGAGUAGAGAGAAGAAAGGAAGAGGAAGGGAUCCCUCUGAUAGAGGGAGGGACUCCGGGCGCGGGGAAGAACGAGAGGACGAAAACAGAGAGGAAGAUAGAGGAAGAGAUGUGAGAGAGGAAAGUAGCAGAGGACGGGGUAAAGAUAAGAAACAUAGUGACAGGUUUAGUGAUAAGGAUGAUGAUGAUACAGAUAGGUUUUCCAUAAAAGGCAAAGGACAUAAGUACGAUAAGUAUGCGAAUGAAGAGAAACGGAAACGAAGCGAUGAAGAUUUAGACGACGUGCCUAAGAAGCAGAAGUCUAAAAAAAGCAAAGGGAAGAAGGAUUAUGAGCAAUACAGCGCAGAAAAAGGGCGCCAGAGCAACGAGGAACCAGAGGAACCGCCUAAGAGACUGAAAUUAAAGCCUAAGCCUCCGAUGUCGUCAGGGGGUUCCGAGAGGAAGAUUCCUCGCACGCUGAAGCUGUCCAAGAGGACCCGAGAGUUCUAUGAUGAGAGGAAGUGGCCAGAUGGGCUGGUCAGAUACGUCAUCAAGGAGGGAGACUUCGACAUAGAAGAUGUACGUAGCCGCAUCGCCGAGGUCAAUGACAUAUUGAAAAAACGAACGUGCGUCAAACUUCAAGAGAUGAAGGAGGAAGACGCAGAGAAUUAUGAAGAUUUCCUCGUUCUGGACAAUAGUCCGGACUACGUUACUGGGAGAGUUGGCGGGAAACAGAUGUAUGGUGUGUACGAGUUGUUGAAGGGCGGGCAGCACCGCCAGCACGCGGCAAUGAUGGUGAUGGGCAUGCUGGGGUUCUACUUCGAGGUGGCGAGACAUGACCGGGACAAGUACAUUCGCGUACACAUGAGACAUGUCAGGCCGGAUAAACUCCAUCAUUUCGAGAAGAUUCGUUCAGACGCCACUUUCCCCCUGCCGUAUGACUACAAGAGCGCUACCCACCCUGCUUGGCAGUUCUGGAGACAGAUCGGACGCACCGGGAUAUCCACUGUCGCUACUUUUAAAGAUAGUGACCCAGACGGCUCAGUAAUGAAGUCUCUCGGGCAGAACGAGCAGCUGUUGUCAGAGCAGGAUGUGCUCAAAAUCAACACGGUGUACGGCGUCGACUGCUUCCGCCAGUCUGGCCUGCACAGCCGCGAUUGAUCAAUUAAAUAAAAUACUAUUAA